AGUUCUUUGUAGCGUUUGCCAAGGAUUUCGUCAGUGUCGUGAUUCACACGACUUCGGUUCCAAUAUUAUACCUUUUUUUUCGUGUUUCUAUAACCAGGAAGGACAAUAAAGUAUAUAUCCUAAAAUAGCUACUUGUUUUCAAGACAGUAGCAUUGUGCAAAAGGCUUCGUAAGGUUAUGAAAACAUUUAUAGCAUUUCAAAGUAAUUUGACCGAUUUGAUAUUAAAAGGAUAUAACUGUGAUUUGGGAAAAUUUGGCGACUUGUAAAAUGGUAGAGAGGAGGAGUGUACAGGAGAGAGAAGGAAUGAGGAGAGGGGUUUCGCUUGGGAGCUGCUAGUAGGACUUCAUCAGUAAGACAGUGAAGCAGGUCCAUGCCUUAGACAUGGGGAUAGUGUUCUGAUAUGAACAAAAAAGAAAAAGACGAAUAGAUAAUUUGCUAAACACUAGCGAGAAAAUUAGUUGAUGUUAAGUUUGCGCGCCGUCUAGUGGUGACGGGUGAAGAAGUGAGUCGCCACAUCACUUUUCACAGUAAAAAUGACAGUUAUGGAUUUUUUUGGUUGUGCCUUUUUGGCGUUUGGCCCACCGUUGGCUAUGUUUACGUUCACCGUUGCGGUCGAACCUAUUAGAAUUAUUAUACUAAUAGCCAGUGCCUUCUUUUGGCUUAUUUCUUUAUUAUUGUCGUCGAUUCUAUGGUACGCCGUGGUGCCGCUUCAAAAUCAUCUAGCGUUUGGAUUGGUGUUCUCUGUGUUAUUUCAAGAAGCAUUCAGGUAUCUCUUAUACUGGGUACUCAGGAAAGCUGAGAGAGGCUUAGAAAAAGUAACAACAACACAUGUAGCAGAUAGCAGACAUGUAUUUGCAUAUGUCUGUGGUUUAGGUUUUGGCUUUAUGAGCGGUGCCUUUGCUCUAGUCAAUGUCCUAGCAGACGCGGUUGGACCUGGAACCAUGGGACUUUGGCGAGGCACAGAAUACUUUUUUAUAAUAUCAGCUGCCACCACUCUGUGCUUCAUUCUACUACAUACAUUUUGGGGUGUUGUAUUUUUCUCUGCUCUGGAUAAAAGAAAUUGGGGACAAGUUAUUUGGGUUGUUGGCUCACAUUUGUUUGUGUCGUGUAUGACUUUGUUAAAUGUAUAUCAAGCUUAUGUAGCUACUACUUUGUCAGCUUAUAUGGUUUUGAUAAUAACAACUGCACUUGCAUUCAAAGUUGCAGGAGGCAGAGCUCAAAAUAUACCUCACUGUUUUACAAGAAAGUGAGAUAAAAAAAUUUAAACAAAUAUCACAGAAUGACAAGUUUUUUUAGGUAUUAACCCAUAAAAAAAUUGUUUAUGAUUCUGAUAUACACUAUGUGUAAGAAUGUAUGAUGUUAAAUUAACAAAUCAUAUCCUAUUCUUUGAUAUUAAAGAGCCAAGAAUGAUCAGGAAGAUAUUCGUACAAAUCCGGAGGAUAAAAAUAUGUUAAGUGUAUCAGUAUUAC